AUGAAAGAAAUUAUUAAAAAAUAUAAAUCUCAUGCUACAAAAUUAUUACAUUUAUUUGAACAUAUCUACAGUUGGAUGCCUAUUGCAAGUCUUAUUGAUGAUCGUAUAUUUGUUACGCAUGGUGGUAUUAGUGAUAUAACUGAUUUAAAUAAAAUAAAUCGAAUUCAACGAAAUAAAUAUAUUUCAAUAUUAAGUCCAAGUUUUGUUAUUCCAGAAAAUGAUGAACAAGUUCAAAUAAAUGGUUUAACAAAUGAACAAUUACUUGAAUGGAGACAAAUGCUUGAUUUACUAUGGAGUGAUCCAAAACAAGGAAAUGGUUGUGAACCCAAUACAUAUCGUGGUGGAGGUUGUUAUUGGGGUCCAGAUAUAACAAAUCAAAUAUUAGAAAAACAUAAUUGGACUUUACUUAUUCGAUCACAUGAAUGUAAAGAAGAAGGUUUUGAUUAUUGUCAUGAUAAUAAGGUGCUAACAAUCUUUUCAGCAUCAAAUUAUUAUGCAGCAGGUAGUAAUCGAGGUGCUUAUGUAAAAAUAUCUACAAAUCAACCACCAUCAAUUGUACAAUUUAUGGCAACAAAAAAUACAGUUAGACCAUUAACAGUAUGGGAAAGAGUAUCAUAUGUGGAAGAACAAGCUCUUCGAAAUCUUAUGGAAAAAUUUAGUGCAAAUAAAAAUCGACUUAUGAAAGAAUUUAGACUUAAAGAUCCACAUCAAUCUGGUCGCAUAGCUCUUAAUGAAUGGUGUGACAUUGUAACGCAUGUUCUUGAACUACAAUUACCAUGGCGAACAUUAAAAUCACGUCUUGUUGAUAUAGAUUCAAAUGGAUUGGUUUUAUAUGAAUCAACAUUUCGUUCACGAGAAUUACAAUGUCUAUUGAAUUCUCCAGUUCUUAAUAGACGACAAAGUUUUUGUCAAGCAAUUUAUCGAAAUAAAGAUUUACUCGAAACAGUCUUUCGAGCUAUGGAUAAAGAUAAUUCAGGUGUUAUUUCGUUGCAAGAAUUCACCGAUGUAUGUGUGUUUUUGGGUAAUCAUAAUGGAUCAAAAUUUGAUGAAAAACAAAUAAUUGAUUUAGCAAAAAGUAUUGAUCUUGAUAAGAAUGGUGUUAUUGAUUUUAAUGAAUUUCUUGAAGCAUUUCGUAUUGUUGACAUUGGUGAUCAUAAUCACGAUCGUUCAUAA